GAGCAGUGCCACAUAUAUCUGUGCAAGGGGAAACUUCACCCAAAGCCACUUUCUUAACACAGUUCCGUCCAACGUCACAUUACAGCAAACAUGGACCACAUGAUCAACUGGAAGGCGUUGGACAAUGUCCCUCUGCUCUUCUACAUCUUGGCAUUGAAGACCCUGGUCUUGUGUCUGGGCUUCGCUGGAGUGAAGAUCUAUCAGGCUAAGAAGGAAGAGGCCAAGCUGAAGAUACAGAGGGCAGAGCAGAGGAGGAUAGCGGAGCAGGUGCAGGAGCUCCUGGAUAACGAGCUCCUGGACAACAAGAAGGAUGACUGACCCGGAGGAACAAGGGAGAGUGUGAGGAGAUGAAAGGAACUACAGUAUGUCACCUGACCAGACUGGGGACCUACAUGCUCCAAGGAUGGGGCGGAGCUCUGAUUGGCUGGUCUGGGGAGGAAGUGUUGAGAAUGUCUAGUUCCUGUUGGACAGUACUCACCCAGAACAGGCCUGGGGUCCUGGGCAUUGCUGCGGGUGUCAUUCUUUUUUUUUACACAAACUUUUAACUUCAGAGCCACCAGAUGUUUUGUAAAUAAAGACUGCUUUUGUACCUCUGUUG